AUGCGUUUUCUUUGCAUCGUCGCCGUCUGCUCGAUUGCAUUCAUUUCGGCUGAACCGAUUCGCAAGCGUCGUUGUUGCGUGCCAAUGUGUUCCUGCAUACAACAAGGUUGUUCGUGUUUGCCAGCGCUACAGUUCUCGUCAUGUCAAUGUGCCGUUCAACAAUGCGCUCCGAAGUGUCAAUCCGCUUGCAUGAGCACAUGCCCUAUGCCAGUCUGGCAAUGCCAACAAAUGUGUGGAAACACUUGCAUAGCAUCGUGUAGUCCACAGGCUUCUUCGUGUGUACAACAAUGCGAGAUCGCUUGUCGAGGACAACCGAAUGAAGAUGCUUGCCUACAAUCUUGCCAGGCUGGAUGGUAA